AGAAAAUGCGGAAUUGAGCAUCGACUCCUUUUUCAUAUUAUGGUAAGUAUAUUACUCGUUUUAAGAAGAUUCAGAAAGGGAGCAAAACUUAAUGCAUGAACGUUACUUCAUGAAACACUUUUAAGAAGUCAAGAGUUUAUAUCUUUCUAAUAUAUACCAACUUACAAACAUAGAACAAAUCAAUAAAUCAAAACAAUGACUCGCCGCCUCUCAUGCUUUUUGAUUAUCUUUGCAUUGUGUGCUGAGUUGAGUAAUGGAGCGGUUUUUCCGAAAGACUCUGUACAUUUUAACAACUCUCUUCAACCAAACAACAUUCUCAGGGUCCAUUGUAUCACAGACGAAGAUGAUCUAGGCGAUCAUUUCUUGAGUCAUGGGCAAACCUAUGAUUUCAGUUUUUACGAAAGUAUUUUCAAGACUGAAGUCAUUUGUGGCUUAUGGCAGGGACCUGGUUUCAAGUACUAUGCAUUGUUGAAGGCAUAUGAAGGUGGUGGUAUCAUUGUCCAUUAUGGUAAGAAAAACUAUUGGGAUGCAAGAGAAGAUGGUAUAUAUUUCACACAUGGUUUUUAUCCUCCCAAAUUAGAGUACAGGUGGUCAGCCUAUUCCCUUGCACCAACUUAUUAAAAAUGGAAAGAAAUAUAUGUAAUCCCUCAAAUGAAGUG